AGGGAGUCGAGCCAUUAGCGAUUAAGGGUGGACGAGCUAGGGUACUCGGGCAGGGUGGCGCUUGGAGGGAACAGAGGAGAGGGUCGGAUCCGGAGCUGGAGGGGCGCUGGAGAAAGAAGAGGGCACGUAGCCCCACUCAUUUCUCUGGAGUCUGCGAAAAGGGAGGAGGGAAUUGAGCUCUUGUUGCUUCCCCUAAAGAAGCCAAUUCCCCUUAGUCCCGGCCCGAGUUGAUCUUGUUGGUUGUUGGCGACCGCUGGGCGUUCCCCAAAGUCCGGGUGCCUGUGCAGUCUGGAUUCCCGGAGCUGGUCACCAUGCCGGGAAGAUUUUAGCUCCCCCAUGGAGCAAACCAACUUCUACGAGGUCGAGUCCCGGCCCCCGAUGAGCAGCCACCUCCAGAGUCCCCACCACCAGCCUAGCAGCGUCGCCUUUGGCUACCCCCGGGACUCGGUCCCUCCUCAGCCCCCCUCAACACCUGCAGCCGCCGCCGCCUCGGAACAGCUGGGCGACAUCUGUGAGAACGAAAACUCAAUCGACAUCAGCGCCUACAUCGAUCCUGCCGCUUUCAACGACGAGUUCCUAGCCGACCUGUUCCAGCACAGCAAGCAGCAGGAGAAAGCCAAAGCUGCCCUGGCGGGGGGCGAGUUCGACUAUCCUCCGCAGCCGCAUCCCGCCGGCCACGCCAUGCACGGAGCCCACGGGCCUGGGAGCCACCCCCAUGUCUAUGGCUGCGUGGCCGCGGGCUACCUGGACGGCAAACUGGACCCCCUGUACGAGCGCAUUGGGGCCCCGGCCUUGCGACCACUGGUGAUCAAGCAGGAGCCCCGGGAGGAGGACGAGGCUAAGCAGUUGGCGCUGUCCGGCCUCUACUCUUACCAGGCGCAGCAGCAGCAGCAACAGCAGCAACCCCCGCCGCCUCCUCCAGCCCACCACCACCAUCACCACCACCACCAUCCGGCGUCCCACCUCCAGUACCAAAUCGCCCACUGCGGCCAGACCACCAUGCACCUGCAACCAGGGCACCCCACGCCGCCGCCCACGCCUGUGCCUAGCCCUCACCACCAGCCGCCGCAGCCACCGCAUCACCCACACCAGCAGAACAGUCUACCCCCGGGAGGAGGACUCAAGAUGAUGUCCACGGACCACCGCGGUAAAUCCAAGAAGUCAGUGGACAAGAGCAGCAGCGAGUACCGAGUGCGUCGGGAACGCAACAACAUCGCUGUGCGCAAGAGCCGGGACAAGGCCAAGCAGCGCAACGUGGAGACCCAGCAGAAGGUGCUGGAGCUCACGAAUGACAAUGACCGGCUGCGCAAGCGGGUGGAGCAGCUGACUCGGGAGCUGGACACGCUGCGAGGUAUCUUUCGCCAGCUCCCAGAAAGUUCCUUGGUUAAAGCCAUGGGCAACUGCGCGUGAAUAAGCGCUCUCCCCUCCCGCCAAUCCACAGCCCAGACUCCCGGUGGCCCCUCAGGCCCUUCGUGGAUUCCGUCCCUCAGUCUCUCCCUCCGCGCCCACCCAGACGCUGGACUGAAGGACGUUACUUUAGAGGCUGGUGGGGUAUUUUUUUUUCUUUUUAAAUUUCAGACCAGACUGAUCUCGAGACUGUCCAAGACAGAACGAGGAAAUUCCGGUGCCAUAAACCCUGGCUGGCUUUGAUUCUCUGCCUCCCCCCUCCCCCGCCCCUAAACCGGCCAGAACCUCUUCGAGUUUGAGAUUUGGCCUUAGGUUGUUGUCUUCAAGUUUCUUUCCAGUCUGGGGGUGGGGGGAGAGAAACAGGGAGUGAGGGUGGGGGGCCGAGAAGGAAGGGAGAGAAGCCCGGAAGCCAGGCAGCUCUAGUAUUAAGUAAUAACCCUGUGCCUUAGGAGCAGAGACGCGUCUAAAUUGAAACUCUGGGAUUCCAAGUGUCUACGGAAUGGAAGGAGCGAACCAUGUGCCUUUGCCAUUUGAUCUGGAGAUUCCCCGUGUUCCUACACCCCCAGCUUACCGGGCUCUAUCUCUCUCCCCACCUCUUUCUGCCUAGGAGAGAUGCGGGAGCCUGGGGAAAGGUCGUAGAAAGUGAAGCUCCAGCCACCCUGGGACUGGAGUUUCGGAGGACAGGUGGUGGGCCUUGCCUCAUAAACCAGAGAAAGUAGCGUGAGUGAGGUAGGGGUGAGGGUAGAGAGAAGAGAGAGUGGGGGACGGCUUGCGACGAUACUGAACCAGAGAAACAACUUGGUGAUAUUACGAUGAGAAUAUUAUAAAGUCCUUAAGAAGAGAAAGAAACCCCAGUAACUUGGCUUUAAGCCUGUGGUUGCUGCCCCUAGACUUGUGGGAGCCGAGUUUCUGAGUCGAGGUGGGGGGUGUCUUCCUUCAGGGGUUGGGCAGUGAUCUGCAGGCAGCUCUCCCCAUAAAAAGAGUGACUGAGGGGCUGAAGUCCUAAGUCAGCAACUCCCCCCUGCUCCAAGGAAAUGGUGUGUGAAGGGCAGAAGGGGUGGGGGAGUCAGGGGACUAGUGAAACUGUCCCCUUGAGGAAGGCAGGGGGAAGGGGAGGGCGGUUAGGCCAAACUUAGAGAAGCAAAGUCUGUACCAGGUCGCAAUAAUACGAAGCACAAUGAAUAAACUUCCUUGAGAUGGGGGAUUUAGUUACAAAAAGCAUCCAAGCCUGUUGCUUUCUCAGUUAAUUGAUUGCAAGCCCCAGUCCCAGGUUAGGUCUCAAUUGCAGGUUAGGUCUCAAUUGCACAGGCGGCAGUUUAACUGUCCACCUCUGUAUGCUAAAUGAUGCUGCCCGUGCAUCACCUUGUUUGUAUUUUUCACUCAGAUUCUGACCGAGAUUUUCUCUGUUCAGGAGUAGAACGGAGCUCUCCAGAGUUUCUACCUUCCUCUCCUUUUAUUAUUAUUGUUGUUUUCCUCUCCCUGAGGGGUAGUGAGAAGCUGAAUACCCUCUACCUCCCUUUUCCCUUUGUGCCCCCUCUCCCUGUCCCCUGGUCCCCAGGGAGCAGCUCCCCAGCAGUGGUGCAGGAAAAAGGCAAGGAUAGGCAAGUGGCCUGACUGAAGGGUUUGGGGCAAGAGAGAGGAACCCCAGAGAUGACCUAGGUUUCCUGGAGACAAUCUCAGUCAAAGCAAAGAACUGAGCCCAGGCCAAGGAACUCAGCCCACACCACCACCUCUGGACAGGGGCCCUCUGACAGUCAGGAGCUGGUGGGAGACUUUUUUGAAGGCACCCCCACCCACAGCUGAGCAGCCAAGCCGUUUGCCCAGGGGAAAUUGAGGCAUGGGAGGGUGGGGAGGAGAAGGAAAGGGCCAAGUUUUUUUUUUGUUGUUAUUGUGGGAGGAUAUUUUAUUUUCCAGAUGUGAUAGAUGGGAAUUUCAUGUUGCCUGUUUUAUGUACAAAAUAUAUAUAAAUAUAUAAAUAUAUUAUAUAUAAAUCUCUAUAAAAGUGGAGCUCAGUGUCUUUUUAAAGCCAGAGUGAAACUACAUGGGAGGGUUGUCAAGGGCCAGGUCCCACUCCUCAAUAAACAUUGCAUAUUCUUGAUGUGA